GAAUGAAAAUCAAUUUUCAAUUCGUUCAACUUCACUUACGUUUCUGUAUUUGUCUUAUCAUAUAUUUUUUUAGGUAUUGGGAAUAUUAGACUUCAAUUACUUAAAGUAAGAUAAGAAAAAUGAGCUGCCCGAUUAGUGACGAUCAUAUAGUCCAGUUGAAGGCAUUCGUGGAGCUAUGCAAAACGCAGCCUCAGAUCCUGCAACAUCCAAAGUUAUUGUUCUUUAAAGAUUAUUUGACGUCACUUGGAGUUACGCUACCUACCGCCACAUUUGGUGCAAAGAAAUUUACACCUUCUGGAGACACUAAUACUGAUGCUAAUAAACCUGAAGACAAUGCUCAAUUAUCAGAUGAGGAAUCUGAACCAGAAUCUGAGGUGGAGUUGGAUAUGGAAGGUGUCAUUGAACCAGAUGUGCCUGAUGAAUCACAGAUUAUGGGUGAUACAUCACGGGAAGUGACAGAUGAGGAGCGUGACCAAUCAGAUGAAAAACGUUCAGAAGCUAUGAGAGCAUUUUCAGAGCAGCAGUUUGAUGAAGCCAUUAAGUUAUACAGUGAAGCUAUACAAUUAAAUCCACAGAGUGCUUUAUUGUUUGCUAAGAGAGGACAGAUUUAUCUAAAACUUAACAAGCCAAAUGCCUGUAUCAAGGAUUGCACACAUGCACUAGAACUAAACUGUGAUAGUGCUGCUGCAUAUAAAUUUCGUGGACGAGCCUACAGAUUACUAGGAAAAUUCGAAGAAUCUUCUCAUGACCUCUGUGAAUCAUUGAAAAUUGACUAUGAUGAUCAAACGAAUGAAUGGUUAAAUGAGGUAAAGCCAAAUGCGGAAAAAUUGCGCCAACACAAGCUUACCACGCAACGAAGAAAGGAAGAGAAAGAGCACCGCGAGAAGAUACGUCGUGCCCGCAGAGCGCAGGAAGCGCGAGCGCGAGCGGCGCAAGCCCAAGAGCGCGCUGCCGAGGCUGACCCUGCCUCCGGGCUUGGCGGUGGUGGUGCUGAUUUUCCCGGCGGAUUCAACCCCCAGGACUUCAGCAACUUACUAUUCGACCAAGAGAUCAUGGCCGCCUUUCAGGAUCCAGAAGUUGCUGCGGCAUUUCAAGAUGUUUCAACGAAUCCAGCAAACUUCAUUAAGUAUCAAAACAAUCCUAAGAUUGCUACUGUUAUAGGAAAACUACAAAGUAAAUUAGGGAAGGGUGGUUCUGGAGGACCUUUCUCUGGUGGUUUCCCAGGUUUUGGUGGUGCCGGUGGGCCUGGUGCUGGUGGACCUGACGCUGGAAGUAAGCCAGCCGCUGACGAUGACGUCGGCCUCGAUUAAACACUUAAAUUUUUAUUACAUAUUUCUUGCAUUUAUAUGAUAGCAAUAAAAAAUAUAAUAAACAUAAAAUAACAUAGCAUUGUAAAAUACAUAUGCCUUGAACAUUUUUUGUUAAUUAACCAUAUUAAAUCUGUAAUACUAGAUAGGUGCUGGCGAUCUAUUUAUAGUCCUUGUGUAUGUUGUAGGAAUUUAUUUACGUUUCAUUACAAUGCAUUUUUUUUUUCCUAUUAAGUAUUAAAAAAUUGAACUGAUGUAUAUUUAAUGCCAAAAGAUAUGUUAUAUAAUCCCUUUUGUUUCUAUUAUUUUAAUUAAUGAGUACA